AUUUCUUAACGUAUUGAUGCCCGAAGACGAGGCUGAUGAACUGCGAGUGCUUGAUCAAGGUGGUGGUGGAGAAUUUGAUAAUCAAAUCGAUCCAAAGCUUAGAAAUUUGUUGGAUGAGACAAAAGAUUUCUUGCAUGGUCAGGAUUUCGCUACAGUAUUAUCCGGAUGUGUAUCUUCGGCAUUUUCUUUGAUGCAACAGGACUUACAUAUACAUUUCGUUUCUCAAGAUAGUGAGCAAACUGAGAAGAAUGUUACACUUGUGAAACUAUUACCGGACUUAGCCAGGGAAGCACAUAACAUACUUAGUAGUGUUCAAAAUAAAUUUUUAGAUGUUAUCAAGGAUUGUAAAGAAUUGCAAGCUCUUUGUGCAGUUAUUUAUUCAUCAUUUGAUAAUAUUUAA